AUGCCGUCGGCGCAUUUAACGCUAAAGGAAGAGGACGUGGUGCGACUCGUUCUGGAGUUUCUCCACAACAGGGAUAUGCACAUAUCUCAGCUGAGUCUCGAAAGGGAAACCGGAGUCAUAAACGGAAGUUAUUCCGACGACGUUUUAUUCCUACGUCAGCUCAUACUCGACGGUCAAUGGGACGACGUGUUGGAAUUCAUUCAACCGUUGGAAACUCUUCCAGCGUUCGACAUGAAAAAAUUCAAAUACUACGUUUUGCGGAGAAAAUACGAAGAAUUGCUGUGCAUAAAAUCCGAGGCCACGAUAUUGUCCGGUCUCGGUAACAACGUCGACAACGCCGUCGAAGAAGUUGUUAAAGUUUUGCGGGAAUUGGAAAAAGUCGUGCCGUCGAAAGAAGAAUAUUCUCAUUUGUGUUUGUUGUUGACUUUGCCGAGAUUAAACGAUCAUUUGUCGUAUAAAGACUGGAAUCCGAGUCACGCUCGCGUUCAAUGUUUCUGGGAGAUAUUGCCCAUUGUUGAAAAGUUUUUACCGAACGAUAAGAGAGUGAAUCCCGAAUCCGGAUGCACAUUUUCUAAAAACGAUCGGCUCAUACAAUUAGUUAUAAAAGGGAUUUUGUACGAGAGUUGUGUCAAUUAUUGUCAGUCGAAGGCAACCGAAAUGACGGAUUCCGCAUACGAUCAACUUAAUUUCACGCGGAUAUUAGAUGGAAACGUGGGUUUGGGUGAUUCCGAUUUGAGUUUGAUAUCGUGGUUGCAGUGCGUGCCCCCUGAUACGUUUUCAAUACCUUUCGAACAAAGGACGUUAAACGUGGACGUUGAAAAAUUGGAAAAGCCAACGUUAGAAACUUCGUGGACGGAGCACAUGUUGGUGACUCCGAUCAAACCCAAAAUGUUUCCACAUUCCGCGAUGCCUUUCACGAGACCCAAAAGCGCCGCGGAUGUCAUGUCUCGCUCUUUACUACCCGCUUUCGAAGGUUUGGGCUCGGGCCUCGGUCUCGUUCAAAACGGAAGCCCUCUCCUCAUGGCAUUGUCCACGAGCGAAUUGAAUCCUCACAUGUCGAGGAGUUCGUUUGCUAGUUUUCACUUGACCGGUUUUAAAAGUAAUAAAUUAAUGAACACGAGCGUCGACAGACUUUUCGAAAACAACAACGACGAAGUUUUCCUAAGCACGACGUAUGCGGAUUUUCAACCCGCCACAUCCGUCGUCGAAACGAGCACUCCCAAAGCGAUAAAUAUUCCCUGUAGAAAACAAUCGAAAAGUCCGGAUUCGAAAAAGGGUUCCAACGUGAGCACCACGGCGUCUUCGCCCGAUCCAAAAGGCAGAGACAGUCCAACGUCGAUGGCUAGGUCUUCCAGGAGAGAUUCUUUAGUCGAAAGACAAUAUCCACCUUCCGUUCAACCUCAAAAUCACAUGGUCAACGGUAACGGAUCCGGCGACGCGAACAAUAGUCGAGACGGUGAUCUCAUGAAGGAAUAUCAAAAACAAAAGCAAAAAUUUCAAGAAACGUUAAUUGCAAAAGGAAAACAGAGAGAGGAACUCAUUAGGCAAAUGUCGGAUUCCGGAGGGCAGUUCGAAGAAUGUUUCAAAACUUAG